AAUCUUACGCGCGUAACCCAGCGAAACAUCAGUAAAUAAUAACAAUAAUCGGAAUCGAAAAUUAAAAAAAAAAAAAUAACAACAGCAGCCAAGCCGUUGUUACGACGACCGAACUACCGAUUAUUAUUGUUGUUAUUAUUGAAAAAUACCGAAUAACCAUUCGCAGUUAUCUGUUAAUAUUGCGCGUUUGCCGUCGUACCGUAUGCGUUGCUCCGGCACGGCACUCCCCUAAUCGUCGUCGAGUUUUAGUCGGUUCGAUUUCCGUUAUUUUGCGUUACCGGUCGAUCAUCGGUAGGUACGCACGCACGCAUUUCUCCCCCUCCGAAUUCUCGUACGAUUCGAACGCGUCCGCGUGUGCAGACAGGCGGGUUGAUCGAAAACCGUUUUUGCCGUGUGACAGUCUCUUCUCAACAGGUAAACGAGUAUCAGCAGCCUUGCGCCCACGUCCAGACUAUCGCGCGAACGUUCGAAAAACCGACAAGAGCUAUGGAGUUUGUCGAUCAGGUGAUUAAGCGAUAAGUGUCUGUUUCAAUUGGUUCUAUCGUUGUUUUUGUUUUCUUCUUUUCGUUUUGCAGAUUAAACAAAGGUUCGCCGCCACCAUUCACAUUGGACGCGAAGACGUGACCGCGGUCAAGAUCCGACAACUGGUGUCCGGCGGCCCGGACAAGUUACAAGUACCUACUUGCGAAAAAAAUACCUAUUUACCUACUUAUAAAUAAAAAAAAAAAAAACGACGCUCGUCAAGAACGUGUAAAUUACAUUUUGUCUGUUGUACUGUUAGGUGAUAUCGGAUUUUGAUCGGACUAUAUCGCGUUCAGAGUACAACAAUCAACCAGUCCUCAGCAGUUUCGGUAAAUUAUAUUGAGGCUUUAGUUAAAUUUAAAAAAAAAAAUGACAGUAGGCACCUUCACCAACCUUUAUGUUUAUUUUGCGUUUUAAACAUACUGAUUUGUAUUUCUGGUUAUUCAUUUAUUUUGACGAUAUUUACAAAAGUACUGCCAAAAAUAUAUAGGUACCUGUAAUACAUUGAACUGAAAAAUAUUUACACAAUUUUGAAACUUAUGAUUUUGUUUCUUAAAUAUUUAUUUAAACUUGUAAUAAAUAUUAGGUAUAAUACAAAGUUAGCUGUAACGCAUUUAAACCAAUGUAAAAUCAUUUAUAUUUUAUAUCUAUAUAUUUGUAUAAAGUAACAUUAACUCUACAAAUCUGUUUAUAAAUACUUAAUAACUAUAUAACUAUACGUAGGUAAAUAUUAUAUUUUUCUUUGCUUUUGUAACAAUAAAUAACCAAUAAUAAUCAUUUAUAUUGGAUAACAGUUUAAAAAUUUAAAAAUUAAGUACAUGCAGAUAAAUAUUGUAUUGUUAGGUUAGAUAAAAACACUAUAAAACACUAAAUUUCAUUCAUGCUUUCAACAAACCAAUGAUAGAAAUUCUUCCAUAGAUAAGUUACCAUAUUACCUAUAUAUAAAGGUUAUUAUUUGAUGAAAGUUUUAACUGAUUUUGUUAAUCUUAAUAACAUAAUGUAUGUUAUAAUUUUAAAUAUUUCAUUGAUAUUAUUAUUAUUGAUAAUAUUUGUCAAUAGUUUACUAAAUGUGUAUUUGUUGUAUUUAUGUAUCUAACAAGCAAUAAAGCAAGAAUAUGUUUUUGUACUUUCAAUAUACUCAGACAAGGUUUAUAUGAACUUGAUUGGCUUUUUUAAAAUAUUUUGAAAAAUAAAAUUAACAAAUUAGGAUUUAAAAACAACUAUUUUAUAGAAAUUUGAUAAACAUUUUUAAUGUUUAUGUUAGCACCAAAAUCAAGUAUAUAUGACCAAAGGCCUGAUCCUUUUUAAAUGUAUGUUAACAUUUUUGCUACAUUUCUCAUUAAAUAUGCAGAUACAGAAUUGACAUUGACUGAAAUAUAUAACAAGAUUAGUUUAAUUUUAUUAAAAAUCGAUGAUGCUUGAAUAUAAAAUUUAAAUCUCAAUUUAUAAUAAUCUUUAUAGAAAGAAAAUUAUUAUUAUUUGUUUAUGUUGCCUAGCUAUCAUUAUUAAUAACUUUACGUUGGUUUACAGGUGUGUUUGAGAUGUCCGAUAGUUUGUCAAAUGAUUACAAAAAAAAAGCACUUGAGCUUUUGCAUAAGUACCGACCCAUAGAAGAUGACACACAAAUGACAGUUGCUGAAAAACUACCAUAUAUUGAACAAUGGUGGACUUCAAGUUCAAAUUUAUUAAAAGGUCUAAAUUUCAAGUAUGAAGACAUCACAAAAUCUAUCGAGAAAGCUGAUGUUAAGCUUAGGUAUUUCUAAAUCAUAAAUAAAAUGAAAAUUAUACAUAAUUCAAAGGUGAUUUUAACAUUAGUUUAUUAUAAUGAAAUUUUGGGUACAAUAAAAGUAUUACAAAUUUCUGUAGGUGUGAAAAAAGCAGUAAUAGCCAUUUGAUUGAAAAUUAUGUUUAACCAAUUUUAACCAUGUAUUUUCAAAUUUAAAAUAAACUUGAAAUAUCUGUAACGCUCUUGUUUUCAAAAAAUAACAUUAAUAUUAUACACUAAUUUAAUUCAAUUUUAUUUUCUGACAAUAUGAGUUUUAGAUUUUAAUAUAUACUUAAUUUAACACAAAUUGUAUGCUUCCUUAUUCUGUAUUUAUAUUGGUAAUACUGGUUUCUAUUUAUCUAUAUAAGUAAAAGCCAAUAUGUAAUCAAAAAUUCAAACAUAGAGUAAUAUGUUUUAUUUAUAAUUUUUGGAGAAAUGGUGAGGAAUAAAAUAAAAAAGCCAGUGUAGUAUUGAGAUAUCUCUUCUGCUCACAAUAAUUGUUAACAACGCAUCACUAUAGACUGAACUCCAAACAUAAUUGUUUUUCAUUAGCAAUGGUUAAUCAUUAUGUACAAAUACACCAGGGGUGUUAGUUGAAGUAUGUCAGUUUUUUCGAUAAAGGAAACAUUUAAUUCUCAAGGGAAUCUCAAAAAAAUUUUAUUCAAAGUUUGCCCAUCUUUCAGGCAAAUCAUGGAUACCACCAUUCCAAAAAAUGUUUUCUUUUUCGAGAUAAACCAUUCGACGAGUCAUUUUUCGACAUCUUCAACAUUGGCGAAACGCUGCUCUGUGAGUGAGUGUCCCAUCAAUGCAAAAAGGUGAUAAUCGGACAUGGCGAGGUCUGGAGAGUACUGCGGAUGCGAUAUUUUCCAAUGUUGUCAUGUAGAAUAACUUUGCCAUGUCGCCGGGUCCAUUCUGGCCGUUUUUUGAUCCACGCAUGAUUCAAAUUGAUAAUUUGUUGUCGGUAGUGAUCCGUAUUCACCGUCUCAUCAGGUUUUAAUAACUCAAAGUACACCACACCACACUGGUCCCACCAAACAUAGAGCAUUGUCUUACGGCCAAAGCGUUUUGGCCUUGGAGUCGAUGGGCCGGCCUCACCAGGUGAAAACCAUGAUUUUUUCCACUUCAGGUUCUCAAAAUAAAUCCAUUUUUCAUUCCCGUGACAAUUUGAUGCAGAAAAGAUUUCCUUACGAACCAUUGAAGCAGAAUUUCACAAAUGGUUUUUCGAUUUUCCAUUUGACUAUCGUUCAUUUAGUGUGAUACCCAUUUUUCAUACUUUUGAAUCUUUCCCAUGGCUUUUAAAUGUUGGCAAAUUGCUCCUCGGAUCACAUUUAGUGUUUGUGUCAGUUAUUGUUGCGAUUUGGUUGGGCCUUCAUCCAAUAAGUCCUGCAAUUCCUUAUCUUUGAACUUUUUCGCUGCACCAGGAUGUUCAUUGUCUGUUAAAUCGAAAUCUCCACUUUUAAAUUGACGAAAACAAGUCUCGCAUAUUUUAAUCACUGGAGCAUGUUCACCAUAAGUUUCUACUAGCUUCAGCUGCUUUUUUCUUUUGAUGAAAUAAGAAAAGCAAUAAAUGCCGCAAAUGUGACUUACUUGGAACAAAACUGGACAUAUCCACUGAGGUAAACAACUAUGACGCUAUUAUUUUGGCAGAAUGUUACUUGUGUAUUUUUGAAGGUUAAUGUCCAUAAAAGAAUAUAACAUAAAUGCCAAAUCAUAGAAAUGUAUACAUAUCUUUAGUGACAUCUAUUAGUAAAACCGGCAAAUUUCAACUAACACUCCUUAUACAUUAAAUUUCCUCUCUACCUUCCCAACUUCUCACUUACAACAGUAGCCCAUCCAUCAUGCAAAGUAUAUUUGUUUCUUUUAAUCAUUGUGUAAUCUUUUAAAUUUUAUUUUAAAAUCACUUUUAAUUUUUUUUUUCUACUCCAUAGACCUUAAAUAAGUACAUACUUUUGUUUUCCAAAUUAAAACCUCCAUUGUUAAACACAUUCAAAUAGAGAAUAUCUUUUUAAAAAAUUUGAUAUACAUAACACUAAUAUUAGAUUUACCGUUUAUAAGCUAUAUCAUUUAAAGUUUGGACUGGAGGAAUAGGAAAGAGUUAUUAAUCUAUCAUUUAAAAAUAGAUAUGCUAUUUGUUACCCUUUUCUACUUUUCCAGUAAAAACUUUAAAAUUAAACUGUUAUAACUCAUAAAAGUUAAAUCUGAUAUUAUUUUUAUGCAUUUGGAAAUUUCUAUACAGAAAAUUAUUGUACUAAAGUUUUUAGACAAUUGUAUGUUUUUUUGGCAUAAUAUUAUCUUAUAUCUUAAAGAAUUUAUUUUGCUACAAUGUUUUAAUAUGUCAUUCACAUUAACAAAAUUACCAAUAUAAAACAAAAUUCAUUAAUUUUAUAAAUAAACUAUAACUUCAUAAUGAUUACAAAUGUUUAUUUUUAGCUAAAUGAAUAGUCUUGUGUCAUAUUUUAUGUGUUCUACUUCCCAAUCUAUUGUAUUUUCAACUAUCAUUUAUGUAUUUUUUUUUUAUUAAUAUGGGAUAUUUAAUAAGCAACAUAAUAGUGAUUUUUGUUUUACAGUAGUUACAUUUAAUGAUUAUUGAAAAGUGAAUUUAGUGAAAUUUAGUUGUUUAUUAAAUACAUAAACUACUUUCUUUCAUAAGCAAAAAAAAAUAAUAAUAAUAAGAAUAGCUUGAAAACAAAUUGUGUUCAACAAAAAUAAACUUUUUUUAUGUUAAAUUAUAAUAAUUUCAAUAAUCUUAAUUCUGUUAAAGGAUUUAAAUAAAAUAUUACAGGUACUAUAGUAUUUUAUUUAAAUUAAUAUGUAUAAAAAAUUUAAAUUAUAAUAAUUAUAAUUAUUUGUAAAGUUUUUAAAAAUUAGUUUUAGAUUUGUUUAAGUAAAGCAAGUAAGGUUUUUUUUUUUAAAUAUACUAUUGGUGUGUUUCCUAAUGUAGGUUUUUUAUUCAAUAUCAAAAAAAAAAAAAAAACCGAAUAUCUUAAAGUACCAUCUCAGUCAGAUUUCAUUUCAGAAAAAGUGUUACACAUAAAAAUUAGAGCAAGAUUUCUGGUAAAAAAGUUAUUCACAGAAAAAAGAAACUAAAAUCAAUUACUUAAUAAAUAAUACAAUUUAAUAAGGAUUCAUAAGCUCCACUCAAAGUGCAUAAACUUAAAAUCAAUAAAGCUGUGAAAUAAAAUAAAUUGUAAUGACACAAAUACAUUGAUUAAGUAUUCAGAAUAUUUAAUCAAUGGAAAUAUUGUCUUUAUAAAAACUAAUUUAAAUUAUAAAAAAGGGGCUUAUAUAGAUGUUUAUUAAUACAUAAAAAAAAUAGUUUUUUUAUUUUUCUUUUUAUAAUUUUAACAAUUACAUUUGUUUUAUAUUUUUAAUACUCAAUUUAAUUAGCCCAAAAUUAUUGAACAUUAAUUAUAAAUCAUGUAUAUAUAGACACAAAUUAGUAUUGUAUAUGUUUCAGUCUUACUGCAGAAAACAAUUUUAUUAACAAGUGGUAAACAAAUAAACAAUAGUUAUAUUUAAAUGUACAUUUAAUGUCUAUUAUGAAAUGCUUUUUUGCUUAUGAGUUUUUAAACCAUGUAAAGAAUACAAAACAGCUUGGUGUAGGGAUUAUAGUUAAUAAAUAAAUUGACUUAAAAUAGUUUUUUUAUUUUUUAUGACUAGUAUUAUUCCUGUAAUUAAAUUUUAAAACUACAAAUAAAAAUAUUUUAAGAUAAAAAGUCAUUCCUAAACGUAACUAUAUAUAUUUUGCAGAGAAGGCAUUGAGAAGGUAUUUGAAAAAUUAUACAAACAAAAUGUACCUCUCAUCAUACUGUCUGCUGGUAUUGGAGAUGUAGUAGAACUUAUACUGAAGCACAAUAAUUUAGUAACAGACAAUGUGUCAGUGGUGUCAAAUUUUUUAAAACUAUCCAAAAAUGACAAUGGCAUGUCAACAAUUCAAGGAUUCAAAAACGAAAAACUGAUACAUGUAUUUAACAAAAAUGAACAUGCAUACAUAGAUACACACAAAAAUGUAAGUGCUAUAAAAACAGUAGAUAUCCAAAACAAAACUAAGUUACUAGUAGUUGACAAUAAUCUUUGAUUUGUUUUAAUGGUUUUCAUGCAGGACACUCUGAUUAAGAACCGAUCCAAUGUGAUUCUCUUGGGCGAUUCAUUGGGUGAUGCCAAUAUGGAUGGCAAUAUUCCUUACAACACAGUGCUGCGUAUAGGAUUUUUGAACUGCAAUUUGGUAAUAUAGUAUAUUUUGUAGUUCAUAAAAAUAAUUGUAAUUAAAAAUUAUUAAUUAUUUAUCACAGACAGAAAAUGAACAAGCUCAUUUGGACCGGUAUAAACAAGCAUUUGAUAUUGUUUUGGUCCAAGAUCAAACUAUGGAACUGCUCAAUUACUUAUUAGAUGAAAUAAUAGGAGUGACCAAAUCUGUUAGUUAAUAAAAUAAUAAUAAAAUUAAACAUUACACUACACAAUACUUAAUUGGUUGUGUAUUGUAACUAGUGUGCUAUAGAGUAUUCAAUUAAUAAUGUUUACGUGAUAUAUCUAUAUAUAUAUAUAUAUGAAUUAGAUAAUUCAUAAUAAUUAUGUUUGAGCUAAAAUUGUUAUUUUAUUAUUAAUAAACAAAU